UAUUCAUUUAUUUGAAGAGUGAAAUCCUGUGACAAAGUCCUGACACAAACAUCCUUUUUAACAGUGAGACUGAGACACUCUGAAGCUGAAAGCAGAGCUGAUAAUGCAUUGUCAACAGAAAUACAUAGAUCUCCUCAGCCACACGCCACAGAGUUCAGUUAUGAAUUGUGUUGGGCAACUUCGGGACGACAGCUUUGGAUUUCUGCCACCUGACAUGUCUGAGCUGAGGGUUGUUCUGCUGGGGAACAGCUGGUCUCAGAGGAGUUCAGUGGGGAACGUCAUACUGGGAGGGACUAAGUUCAGCACUGAGGAAGAACCAGACCGCUGUCUGACAGAAAGAGGACAGUUGAAAGACAAAGAAAUAGUUCUGAUCAACACUCCAGAUCUGCUGCAUCUCAACAUCUCUGAAGACAAACUGUCAGAACAUGUAGAAAACUGUGUGAGACUCUCUGAUCCUGGACCUCAUGUGUUCCUGCUGGUUCUACAGCCUGAAGACUUCACUGAGGAACACAAACGGAGACUCUGCAGAGUCCUGAAACGCUUCAGUUAUCAAUCAUUUGAUCAUUCAUUGAUACUGGUAUCAACACCCAGAGAGGAGAGCUCAGGUUUCAAAGAUGAACCAGACCAGCCCUUAAAAGACAUGAUCAGAAUGUGUAGAUACAGAUACCUGAAGCAGAAGAACCUUGAACGUCCAGAGCUGUUAACACGAUUGGGUCAAACUGCAAAGGAGAACAAUGGAGAGCAUGUGAGCUGUGAUGUGUUUGAGGACGAGGAUGCAGGUCUGAUAAUGACACCAAAGUCUGAACCCAUCAGAGCAGCUUUAAACCUGGUCCUGUGUGGGAGGAGAGGAGCAGGGAAGACUUCAGCAGCCAAGGCCAUUUUAGGUCAGACAGAGCUUCAUUCAGUCUCCAGCUCAUCAGAGUGUGUUAAACAUCAGGGAGAGGUGUGUGGACGUUGGGUUUCCCUGGUGGAGCUGCCUGCCUUGUAUGGAAAACCUCAGGAGGCAGUGAUGGAGGAAUCAUUCAGGUGUAUCUCCCUCUGUGAUCCUGAGGGCGUCCAUGCCUUCAUCCUGGUCCUACCUGUGCGUCCCCUCACUGAUGAAGACAAGGGAGAGUUAGAGACCAUCAGGAACACAUUCAGCUCUCGGGUCAAUGACUUCACCUUGAUCCUGUUCACUGUGUACUUAGAUCCUACAGCCCCAGGCAUCGUGAAUUUCAUAAGUAAAAACAAUGGCAUCCAGGAGCUCUGUCAGAGCUGUGGAGGAAGAUAUGUUGUUCUCAACAUCAAGGACCAGCAGCAGAUCCCAGAGCUGUUGGAUGCUGUGGAAAAGUUGAUGGCUGAAGGAUCCAGAUGCUUCACAAAGGACACGUUCACUAAGGCUCAGCUGCAGGAGGUUUCAAGACUUAAAGCUGAACUGCAGGAUGUGAAACAGAGAAAUGCGAUGGGAGGUGAUGAUGAAACUCAGAGCAGAGAGUGUCUCAGGAUGGUGCUGAUUGGAAAGACUGGCAGUGGAAAGAGUGCAACAGCAAACACCAUUUUGGGCAAAAAGCAUUUCAAACCCAGAAUCCCCCCGAAGCCAGCAAACAAGUCUUGUCAGAAAGCUUCAGGAGAGAUUGAUGGACGGCCUGCUGUUGUGGUCGUCACCCCCAGCUUGUUCAAUACAACUGAUGUUGAAUUUCAACAAGAGAUUAAAAAAUGCAUCCGCAUGUUGUCUCCUGGACCUCACGGGUUCCUACUGGUGCUGCAGCUUGGGAACAUUACACAAGAGGAAAAAGACUCUGUGGAACUGAUCAAGAAAUAUUUCGGCAAGAAAUCGGAAGAUUUCAUCAUCGUUAUUUUCACAAGAGGAGAUGAUCUGGAAGAUACAUCAUUUGAGAGUUACAUUGAACAUUGUGAUGACUUUGUAAAAAAACUCCUAAAUGACUGUGGAGGAAGAUACCAGGUCUUCAAUAACAAAGAUGACACAAACCGCACACAAGUCAGAGAGCUGAUGACCAACAUCGAGACCAUUGUGAAGGAAAAUGGCGGCUGCUACCACAGUGAGAUGUUUGAAGACACAGAGGACUCUAUUCAAACACAAGUGGAGAGGAUUUUGAAAGAGAAGGAAGAAGAGAUGAAGAGAAAGAACAAAGACCUCCAGAGAAAACAUGAGGAAGAUUUGAAAUCACUGAAAAGGAAAAACGAAGAACAGCGUCGAGAAAUUGACCUGAGAACAAAACAGCUGAAGGACAAAGACGAAAGCAUCAACAAGGAGCGUGAGGAGAGGAAGAGAGAAUGGGAGGAAGAGGAAAGGAGACGGAAAAAACAAGAAGAAACUCAGCGACAGGAUUGGAGAAGAAAACUGGAAGCUUCUGAGAAAAUUGUUCAGUCAGAAAGAGAGCAAAGGGAAAAUGCCGAGAGGAAGCUGGAGCAGUUUAGAAAAGAGAUGAAGAGAGAUCGAGACGCCUGGGAUAAGGAAAGAAAGGACACCUGGGAACGAAUACGUCAGGAGGAUAAACAGAACCUGGAGGAGGAGAAAACAGGCUUCAGAAAGCUCCAAGAUGAGUACCACCGUAAGAGAAGAACAUGGACAUACUCUGUAGUUGGGCUGCUGCUGUUACUGUUAUUUUGUGUGUGUUAUAUAUUUCUGAGUUAGGCACACACACACACACACACACACACACACACACACACACACACACACACAC